CGAUAUACCUAGCGCGACGCACAGCUUCACUGCAUCGUUCAGUAUUACAUUCCUGCACCAGUGCACGCGGUAAUGGUGGAAUACAUUGGUUAAGCUACCAAAACGGCUCAAGGAACGGCAAGGACAAACUAAAGCGGCAGCAGCUAAACAACAACAAAACCAAGUGUUCAUUAACGAUAGUGCUUAGUGGCUUAGGUGGCCUAUUGUAAGGGAGACGACUUUAGCGAGAUAGCGUAAAUUUUGUGCCCAUGGUAAGCAGCAGCGCACAGAACUGAAGACGGAAAGGUCCCACUGAGCAACGGCAAAUGCACAACCGUGGAAUAGAGCGAAGGCGCACAGUGUAGAUACGAUAGCAAACCGAACAGUGCUUGGGAAAGGCGAAGCAAGGCACCGUUUUACUGCUUACGCACUGAUUAACAGGCCCGUAAAAGGCUCAAGCGUUUCCCACAUUUUAGUUCUCCGCGGACAUCACACAAGGCACCGCUUAGGUACAGAACCAUGAACGAAUUGGAGGCACUGAGACAGGAGGCGGAAACGCUGAAGAAUGCGAUCCGGGAUGCGCGGAAGGCAGCGUGCGAUACGUCGCUCGUCCAGGCGACAAACAAUCUCGAGCCGAUCGGCCGGAUACAGAUGCGCACGAGACGCACCCUGCGGGGCCAUCUGGCGAAGAUCUACGCCAUGCACUGGGGCAGCGACUCGCGGAACCUGGUGUCGGCGUCGCAGGACGGCAAGCUGAUCGUGUGGGACUCGCACACCACCAACAAGGUGCACGCGAUCCCGCUGCGUUCGUCCUGGGUGAUGACGUGCGCGUAUGCACCGUCGGGCAACUUUGUCGCCUGCGGCGGUCUGGACAACAUCUGCUCGAUCUACAACCUGAAGACGCGCGAGGGUAAUGUGCGUGUGUCGCGCGAGCUUCCGGGGCACACGGGCUAUCUGUCGUGCUGCCGGUUCCUGGACGACAACCAGAUCGUGACCAGCUCGGGCGACAUGUCCUGCGGGCUGUGGGACAUUGAGACCGGCCAGCAGUGUACCUCGUUCCUUGGGCAUACGGGCGAUGUGAUGGCACUGUCACUGUCGCCUCAGUGCCGGGUGUUUGUGUCCGGUGCGUGCGACGCCUCGGCGAAGCUGUGGGACAUCCGGGAGGGCCAGUGCAAGCAGACGUUCCCGGGGCACGAGAGCGAUAUCAAUGCGGUCACCUUCUUCCCGAACGGACACGCCUUUGCGACGGGUUCGGACGAUGCCACCUGUCGGCUGUUCGACAUCCGGGCCGACCAGGAGCUGGCGAUGUACUCGCACGACAACAUCAUCUGCGGCAUCACGUCCGUGGCGUUCUCAAAGUCGGGCCGACUGCUGUUGGCAGGGUACGAUGACUUCAACUGCAACGUCUGGGACACGCUGAAGGCAGAACGGGCCGGCAUCCUGGCCGGACACGACAACCGGGUGUCCUGCUUAGGCGUGACGGAGAACGGUAUGGCCGUGGCGACCGGCUCCUGGGACUCGUUCCUGCGGGUAUGGAAUUAAGGUGUGUUGCACAAAGAGGGGGGUAUCCCUGAAGCGGACAAAAACGAAGGACGAACCAGCACGCGUGCGGAACGGUGGUCGAGCAGGCGCAGCGUACAGGAGCUGCCAUUUAGGUUAAUAACCAUAUACAUAUAAAUAUAAAUGAUACAGAUUUUUAUUUCCGACACUGAACUCUUAAGGCAAAUCUGCAAAAAAAAAUGAAACCAACCUAGCCGCUAGAUGGGGAUGGCCGAUGCUCUUUUUAUAAUACAAGAGAAGAAAAAAAAGCCCGAUCGUGACCUUUUGCGCGGCACUGCCCAAACCGGAGAGUUCGUCAAAUGGAAACGGAAAUCGGGCGGAGAGGGAUCGAAUCGCACAAAUGAGCACAAAACACUCACAACACACGUACAUGGUGGAAAAUGGAAAAGGCUUUUGUCCCGAAAGAUGCAACAAAAACAAGGAAACAAAACAUUGACAAAUGGUGUGCAUACAGGUGUGGAAGAAGUUUCGAUGUGAGGAAACAAUAUUCAAAAACCCAACCGUUUGCAAAUGGGCGUUAGAGCAGAACGCAAAGGUCGUAGUUAUUUAUAUCGAACUAUUUAACUAUUCGCGUAAAAACACACAAACACACACGAAUCAAUCAUUAUGGAGAAAAAAAACACACAAAGCAUUAUUUACUUUGAACAAUAUCACCCCCGCUGAGUCGAUAAAAGAAGAGCGAUAAAGAGGAAAAGAAACUUAAGGAAAACAUGAACAGUAAAGGACGUUAAGUUGAAGAGCCCCAUAAGCUCAAUAAGUAAGCAGGCAUAGCUAACCGUCUACAAGAUUGAUCCAGAAUGGUGUUGAGUUGCAUUUGUAGAACUGCUUGCGAGUUCCAAUUUAGUUUUUUUUUCCAUUUUCUCCACGUAGCCUCAAUGUGCGAGACUUGAGAAUUAUGCAUUUCCGUUACUUUGCGACAUUCAAAUGCGUUCAGUUGAAAUUUAUUCCACUUGCUAACCGCAGUACGCUAAUACUAAUGCAUAAAUAGCAACAUUUUCACACUACAAACACACACACACACAUACAUCGCAAGUACAGAACUAGGUAAAGAAUACAUGUGUGGGGCCCAUUGGAAGCAAACACAAGAACUAUAGCAUACCGCUCUAGUACUCUGAGCCCUCUAAACCCAGCAGCAGCAUUAGACGAAGCUGGCAGCAUGGCAAAUGGCCCAUGACACAUUACGGCACCUAGGGGGCAUACUAGUAAGGGCCAAGUUUGCAUAUAACCGGCAAGGAGCAAAGGAAUAAUGCGCAAAAGAAAAGCAGAAAAGAAAAGAAAACAAAAAAAUACACUAAUAUUUGUCCCUGUAAUAUAUGAUCGUAAGCUAGUGAACGGUAGUAAAACAAAACAAAAGAAAAACGUGACGUUUAAGGUAACUUGCAAAUAAACAAUUGAACAAAGGCAACAGAAUGGAGGAAGCCAAACUCCCUUUCGAGGUUUUGCAUGAGACCUUCUCCUUCGUUUCACGUGCGUAGGAAAUGAGUGCGUGUUUGGUAAAUAUGAAUAAGCUAUGAACAAAACCGGAAGCAAAACACAGCACAAUAUUAACAAAGUUGUCUCUUGUGUGGUUGUCGAAGGUAGGCGUAUCGGCGUAAUGAACAACUCAUGCUUCAUCUUUAUUUAUUUGCCAUUUCACCGAGUAAACUACUACUCCCUUGUACUACCAUUCCACCAUUUUACUUUCGCACAAACAAAACGACUCAUUUAACAACACCACCAUUUUGUUUGUUCGUCCAUUAGCGGCCAUUAGCACCACUGUGUAAAACAAACGAGUAGCAACAGAAACAGAACGCAAAAACACAAAAAAAACCACUAACAUAUUGAAAGCACUGAACACCUAAUAAAACGGAAACAUGUUGAGAAACGGUGCACGUUGAGUAAGAAAUCAAAUGAAAAUAAGUAAGUGUAUCGACAUGGGAAAAAGGUAAUAAGCAUGGUUAUGGUUUGUUUCCUUUCUCGCCAGCCAUUGUGUAAUGUUACAGUAAAUGUUUUGUGGAAAAUGUAAUGAGAUAUAAAUAAACAGGCAACGCUGAGGAGGAGUACGGGAAGCAAACACACUCUCGGUGCUCACUGUUCUUAGCCAUUUUCAUAGACCCGGCAGUGGCAAAAACUUACAGCGCUAUCCAGUGAUAAUACGGUAUCGAUCAGCAUAACAGAAGCAACUCAGUAAAACCGAAAUCAUUUCUCCACGGGGAUCGUACUUUCUUUGUUAACCCCAAAACAACCGCUCAAUCCAGCAAUAGGCAAACAAACAAUAGGGAAGUAAUAUAACGAACGAUGAUAAUACAGGUAGAGCAAAACUGCACCCCAAACUUGCCGCCGGGAUCGUGUACGAUACAAUCGAAUUAUUGGCACUUAUUUGGAGAGAGUUUUAUUGUUUUCGCAACACCAUCCACGCAUGGUUCUCGUUAGUGCUAAUUUAUUGCGCAAACUUUCCAGUUGAAACAAUACGCCUUCCAUCAAAAAGAAAGAGAGUGUGGCGUGGAACAAUAGACACUGUGAACGGUAACUGCCCGUCACGCAUGUGUAGCGCAAAGGAAAUUAAAUUAGUACGCCACUCAAAACGGAGAGCUGAACGUUUGUCAGAACAAAAUAGGAAAGGGAAAACUGGAGCAUGCAAACACACAUACUAUCGAUAACAAGCGGUCGCCAUUUGCACGGUUUGUGAAGUCAGAAUUUUAAACAAUUCUUCAAUGUUCUGCACCGGCUUUUUGUUAUGUACCCGGGGAUUGCCGAAGGAAUGAACUUCAAAAACAACUAAUUUAAUGCACAAACCAUUGGAGGGCUAAGGAAGAAGAAAAGGACAUUGGCUUUUUUGUAAGAAAACAGGAAUAAUUCCACCCCAGCUCUUCUAACACAGCUGAGCUUGCGUGGUUGCGAAUUGGGACACAGGGCAAAUUGGUUAGAAAUUGAAGAGGCUGGACCUCAUGCGGAAUGUGUCUGAGCAAACUAUUGGAGACGCUUUAUAUUUCGUUUGGAGUUGAUCACAGCACACUUGGAUGGUUCAGGGGAUUAAAAAACCGUGAACUAACAUUUUAAAUGCUCUUUCGCACCAGUGCCGGGGAAGUUUAAAUGAGAGCAAAUCACUUCAAGGUGAAGUUGAGGGUGUGAAAUAGAUUUCUUUUCUGUUCCUCUGCUUAACUUUCAAAACUACAGCUCGGGUGUGUGUAAUACAGGAGAUUUUCCUGCAGACGAACGAAUUAACGUGGAAAAAUUGAGAACAAAUGGGCAAAACACUAAACCCCGUAGAGAAACUUAUCAUUCGUGUGUUACCAUUGUGCGCAAAAAAGUGCUUCAUUACAAGAUAAACACCUAGAAAACCGAUACAUCUAGGAAGAAUGAAAUGAAAGUGAACCAUAAUAAUUGUACACGGUACUCAAUCGAAUAAAAAACAACUCACUUUCAAAAAAAAAAAAUGAACGCAGAUUGGAGAAUAAAGUAAAUAUGAAACAAAACAAAACAAAAAAAGAACAGCUAAAAA